UCAUAUAAUCCAAGCCUAAUUUAACACCAUAAAAAGAGCUCUCUGUUGUAUACUUGCUAAUAACCCACUCAAACUCCAUUCUUCAGGCAACAACUCUCAAUCUGCCAUCUUCCACUCUUCUCUCUCUCUCACACACACGCACAAAAAAAGUAAAGGGAAUUUUUAAUUUGAUGGCUAAAACAACCCCAAAUCACACUCAAGCUGUUUCUGGAUGGGCAGCUCUUGAUUCUUCUGGCAAAAUUACACCUUACAUCUUCAAUAGAAGAGAGAAUGGUGUAAAUGAUGUGACCAUCAAGAUUUUGUACUGCGGAAUUUGUCAUACUGACCUUCACUAUGCCAAAAAUGAUUGGGGUAUCACUAUGUAUCCUGUUGUUCCAGGGCAUGAGAUUACUGGGAUUGUUGUGGAAGUUGGGAGCAAUGUAACCAACUUCAAAACAGGGGACAAAGUAGGAGUUGGAUGCAUGUCAGCAUCAUGUUUAGAAUGUGAAUCUUGCAAGAACUCAGAAGAAAAUUAUUGUGACAAGGUUCAGUUCACCUACAAUGGUGUCUUUUGGGACGGUAGCAUCACUUAUGGAGGAUACUCCAAGAUGCUAGUUGCUGAUUAUAGGUUUGUGGUUGCUGUACCAGAGAACCUACCAAUGGAUAGAGCAGCACCAUUGUUAUGUGCAGGAGCCACUGUGUUUUGUCCAAUGAAAGACAACAACUUGAUUGGCUCACCAAGGAAAAAGAUAGGAGUAGUUGGUUUGGGAGGUUUGGGACAUUUGGCUAUUAAAUUUGGAAAAGCUUUUGGGCAUCAUGUCACUGUCAUAAGCACUUCUUUAUCCAAAGAAAAAGAGGCCAAAACCAAAUUAGGUGCUGAUGAUUUCGUUGUUAGCUCUAAUGCACAACAAAUGCAGUCGAGACAGAAGACCUUGGACUUCAUAUUGGACACAGUCUCAGCAAAUCACUCUCUUGGGCCUUACUUGGAACUGCUCAAAGUUAAAGGAACUUUUGUCAUAGUGGGUGCACCAGAUAAGCCCAUGGGCCUUUCAGCAUUUCCAUUAAUAUUUGGUAAGAGAACUGUGAAAGGAAGUAUGAUUGGAAGCAUAAAAGAAACACAAGAAAUGAUAGACAUUUGUGGGAAGUACAAUAUUAUGUGUGACAUAGAGAUAGUCACACCUGAUAGGAUUAAUGAAGCUUAUGAACGAAUUGAGAAAAACGAUAUUAAGUAUCGGUUUGUUAUUGAUAUUGCUGGUGAAUCAUCAAAACUUUAAGUCCUUUAGGGAACUCGACACGUUUAAGUAUCGAUAUAGUGUGUUGGACGAGUGUAUAUCUUAUUUCAUGCACUAGAUACGAUUAUUUAUAAAAAAGAAUGAGUCA